UUGUGUUUACAAGAUCGUCUCGCAUUAGCAGCCGCUUGGAAUUGCGCUAAUCUGCUGCGUGUUUUUCCGGUCUAUUAGAACGGCGUUUUCGUAAAAAGUAGACGAAAUUUUGUGCGGUUUUAGAGAAUCGUAAAUCAUUUACAUAAAUUUGCUUCGGCUUGUGCUCGUUACUCUUUGCUACAUUCGAAAUGGGUACCAAACGAAAGAAUAUGGAGGAUGAAAUGUCUCGAUUCGAGGCAGAGAUCUCUAGUGCAACAGUGUCGUAUGCGGCGCUUCCAUCCGUGCCAGCUGUAUCUGGCAAUCCCUUCAUACCUUCUCAGGUACGAACAGUCAUCGGAUCUCAAACGUACAAUCAGGUGCAGCAGAAAUUGGCGCAAGUACCACCCAGACUGCCACCGCCACCUAUGCCUCCCUUUAUGCCAACAUACAGUGCUCAGCCGCAACCAUUAAUGCCGCAAAAGUCUUAUUCAACGGAACCAACGCCGGUCAUUGUCAGUAGUGCACCGAAACUGUACACCGCCCGACCUACCGUAGGCAUUGCAACAAAGUCAGAUUCAUCUUCUGGUCCAUCAAGCAGCGGCAUAUCGGCCGUCCAAUCGUACGAUAUUGCAAACAUUCAGUACGAAGUGACGACCAAGAUUAAGAAGCCCAAAACGGAAAAGUCUGGACCAAAUCCAAUAGCUGAGGAAGCGAUUAAAGCAGCCCGGGCUUCCUCAGCGUUACAGUCCUUCGGAAACAGCGAAAGACGAGGGAAGAAAGACAAAAAACAAACAGUACGUGUGGCCGGCGGACAAACAUGGGAAGAUAUGUCAUUAUCAGAUUGGCCAGAGGACGAUUUUCGCAUAUUUUGUGGCGAUCUCGGGAAUGAUGUGAACGACGAACUGCUGACGCGAACAUUUAACAAAUUUCCUUCAUUUCAACGUGCCAAAGUGAUACGUGAUAAACGUACGAGCAAAAGCAAGGGCUAUGGCUUCGUGAGUUUUAAGGACCCGCAGGACUUCAUACGUGCCAUGAAGGAAAUGGACGGACGCUACGUUGGAAGCCGGCCAAUCAAACUACGCAAGAGCACGUGGAAAAAUCGGAGCAUCGAUGUGGUACGGAAAAAGGAAAAGGAAAAACAAGCGCUACUAAGCCUCUUCAAUCAGAGCUAGUAGAUUAGUGAGCAUCAUCAUGGAGCGAGCAGUGGUUUUGUGGACAGUCUUCAUUUUAAUUGAUCAUGCUUCAUUUGGAACUACAUUGGAUGUGUGACCGUACCGCCCGGAACAAGAUGAAUCCAUUGUGAAUUGUGAACAGAAAAAAAAUAUACAAAACAUAAAACAAUAUUGUAGAUGAAUGGGAACCAACCAAGUUGUGCGUACUGUAAAGCAUGUAAAAGCACAUGAAAUAGAUAAUGAAUA